AUGCAAAUCUUUGUCAAGACUCUCACCGGCAAGACCAUCACUCUCGAGGUUGAGUCGUCCGAUACCAUCGACAAUGUCAAAUCCAAGAUUCAGGACAAGGAGGGCAUCCCCCCUGAUCAGCAGCGUCUGAUUUUUGCCGGCAAGCAGCUCGAGGAUGGCCGUACCCUUUCGGAUUACAACAUUCAGAAGGAGUCCACCCUCCACCUCGUCCUCCGCCUUCGCGGUGGUAUGCAAAUUUUCGUCAAGACCCUGACUGGCAAGACUAUCACCCUCGAGGUGGAGUCUUCCGAUACUAUCGACAACGUCAAGUCGAAGAUUCAGGAUAAGGAGGGCAUCCCUCCUGACCAGCAGCGCCUCAUUUUCGCUGGCAAGCAGCUCGAGGACGGUCGCACCCUGUCGGAUUACAAUAUCCAGAAGGAGUCAACUCUUCACCUCGUCCUCCGCCUCCGUGGUGGUAUGCAGAUUUUCGUCAAGACACUUACCGGUAAAACUAUUACGCUGGAAGUCGAGUCCUCAGACACGAUUGACAACGUCAAGUCGAAGAUCCAAGAUAAGGAGGGUAUCCCCCCUGACCAGCAGCGCCUCAUCUUUGCUGGUAAGCAGCUGGAAGAUGGUCGCACUUUGAGCGACUACAACAUUCAAAAGGAAUCCACUCUUCACUUGGUUCUGCGUCUCCGUGGUGGUAUGCAGAUCUUUGUCAAGACUCUUACUGGAAAAACCAUUACGCUGGAAGUCGAGUCCUCGGACACGAUUGACAACGUCAAGUCCAAGAUUCAGGACAAGGAGGGCAUUCCUCCUGACCAGCAGCGUUUGAUCUUUGCUGGUAAGCAGCUGGAAGAUGGUCGCACUCUCAGCGACUACAACAUCCAGAAGGAGAGCACUCUGCACCUGGUCCUUCGUCUGCGUGGCGGCAACUAA